CCAAUCCUUUUGAGGGGACUCUGGAGGAGAAGGAGUCCUUUAAAGAGAGACAACCCUGUUUGGGAAUCUCUUGGCUUUUAAGGAUUCAGGGAAAGGUCUGCUUCUUCAGUGAGUGUGUUCCUGCGGUUUCUUUAUCAAGAGAAUGUAGUCAGCUCCUACGUCCUCUCUUCAGCACACACUCACAGCCCAAAGCCAUCCGAAGAUGGGGAGUAGGCCCACGCAGGCCAGAUUAGCCACCUCGGCUGGGUACCGGCUGCCAGAGGCCAGACUUCCCGUAUCAGCCUCAUCCCUGCCUCCUCAAGGGACCCGGGCUGGAAGGACCACAGCUCUCGGUCGGCCUCAGCCAGCCCGGGGGCGGGAGGACCAGCGCACGACCCUGAGAGGGAACCAGGUCCUUCAAGACAGGCUCUGGAGAGAGCUCCUGGAGGCCGAGUGGAGAGACAAUCAACGGUGGAUUCAAAAUUGGAAUUUUCUGAAAGACUAUGACCCAAUGGGUAAUAAAAAGGAACCACAGAAGCUACCAAAAUACAUACCAAGAUUUUCACCUGAUGUUCCUAAUACUGCAAAUCAAGUAAUUGGCAGCCGGAUCAAUACUAAACUUGGAAAAAAAAUAGGAGAGAUGGAUUUCUUCCUUAUUGAAGGAAGUCGCAAAAAGAAACUUGAUAAUGAAUUCCAACCGAGCUAAUGUUUAAACUCAAAUACUCAUUUCCAAGGUGGGUGAUCUUUGAAGCCCAAUUAUUUUUUAUGUUUUCGUUUUUGUUUGGUUUUUUUUUAUACUAAGGAAAGUGCAACGAUUGAGGAAUGAAUGGAAAACAGAAACUGACAAAAUUUGUCUGACCGGAGUGGAAUUACCACUGAGGAAUUUUAAGAGAUGAAACAAUCAAUAAAUAGCAUUUACUGAGUUCCUGCUAUGUGCAAACAACAACUACCCUUUGAAGAGUGACUGUGGCUCUUCUAGGAGCCUAGCAAGUCACUUAUUCAACCCAGUCCAUCAGUCAAUCAUAUUUAUUGAACGCUCUG